UACAGAACUACUUCUAACCUGUGUGUUUCUUACUCUUGUGGUUGGCGAUUACCGGCCCAAGCCAACUUAUAUUCCACAUGACGGAUAUGGAGAAUUUACUUUAACAGAUGAACCUGGAAUAAGUAAAGUUACUUUCAGUCAUCAGUCGGGAUUUAAAGAUAUCAUUUUUACCAAUAAUGCUGUUAAAGGAGCCGAUGGUAUGUGGAGAGCCCGAAUUGAUGAACAUCAGACAUCGACUAGAAUAAUGUACUGGGCGUCCGUAGUAAUGAAUGGUGCCACACACACAAAUACACCCUAUACAUGGAUUAAAGAUCCACUGCCAAGCCUACCUGGUAGACGAACCAGAGGUGCUGUAAUAUUUAGAGAUGACUUUAAUGAAAACCAUGUAGACACAAAACACUGGAGAAUUGAAGUUUCAGCAACAGGAGACUGGCAUAACGAAUUCCAGAUCUACACGAACGACAAAAACAAUGUUUAUGUUAAGAAUGGACAUCUUUAUCUUAGACCGACUCUUACCGUCGAUCAUCCAGCCUUCACGGAACAACAGCUACACAAUGGUGUUAUGGAUCUUAAAAAGGUGUUUGGAAUUUGCACAAAUAAGGGUUAUAAUGGUUGCUAUAGAGAUGCUAAGAAGAUGGGACAACUGCUGCCACCUAUUAUGUCCGGACGUUUAGAGAGUUUAGUUUCUUAUAAAUUUGGCGUUUUGGAAAUUCGUGCAAAAAUGCCUCGAGGUGACUGGCUGUGGCCAGCUAUGUGGACGUUACCAACUCAUAGUUCCUAUGGAGGUAGCUCCGUUUCCUGGGCUGAAGUCGAUUUAAUGGAAGCAACAAGUAACGAAUUCUUCAGAUGUAAAACUGGAUCCCAUUGUAAAAAUGCCGGUGCGAACAGAAUCACAUCUAAUUUCCAUUUCGGACCCCGAGCACAGUCACACCCUUUACCAGCAGAGAGGCGAAUGGAUCAGGGCGAUUAUCAUCAAGAUUUCCAUACAUGGAGAUUGGAAUGGAACACGGAUCAUCUGAUUUUGUACGUUGAUAACCAAGUAAUGAACAGACUCGACGUACCUAGUGGUACCACCAUCUUUGAAAAAUAUGGCUUCCAUGGACCAAAUAUAUAUGCCCAUGGUUCAAAGAUUGCACCAUUCGAUGAUCCGAUGUUCUUGAUAUUGAACAAUGCCGUGGGUGGAACUGCUGGUAUAUUUCCUGAUAAAGAUUUAUAUGCUUAUCCUAAACCGUGGAGGAAUGAUGCUAAAGAUCCUCUGGGGGAAUUCUGGUCAAACAGACAAAACUGGUUGCCAACCUGGAAGGGGGAAGAUACAGCUUUGGUUAUCGACUAUGUGGAAUUUAGACAUUUGUAA